AUGAUCAUCUUAGCUUGCAUUAUUAUAUAUUGUGCAUUAUUCGCGGUUGCCACAGCGCGUCCACAACACAGCGAUGGUCAUGAGCACGCGUUCUCGUCCCAGAGUAUAGUGCUGCAUCAGAGCGGACACGAACAGCAAAUCCAACAGAACCAUCGCGUAUACCAACAGCAUGGAUUACAAGAACAAGACAAACACAAACACCACGAAGACUACUAUGUAAGUAGUCAGGCGUAUCCCAAGUAUGCGUAUGAGUACUCCAUAAAGGACCCCCACACUGGUGACUACAAGACCCAGCACGAGACCCGCGACGGUGACGUUGUUAAAGGGUUCUACUCGCUGCAUGAGGCUGACGGUACAGUGCGCAUCGUCGAGUACACAGCCGACAAACACAAUGGAUUCCACGCUGUGGUGAAGCGUGAGGGUCACGCUAAACACAUCAUUCCUGAACAAAAACACCAUUGA